AUGCAAGGACGUCGAGAUGGAAGCCCUAGUGCUAGUACAAGUAACGUAAGUCGAUAUUAUAGGUCUAUGACCCUUACUGACUUCCUCAAGAGUGGUUCACCUUGGUUUAAUGGAAAUGCCAAUGCCCUGGAGGCUGACCAAUGGUUUCGAGAAGUGGAGAGGUUUUUGUACACUCAGCACGUUCCUGAAGUACAAUCAGUGGAGGUAGUGACUCAUACGACAGGGUUUUACGGGAGAUAUUUCUUGCAUGCAUUUCGCACUGCAAAAGAGUUGGAGUUAAUGCAGCUGAAGCAAAAGGAUAUGUCUGUCACUAACUAUACCCGUGAAUUCGAAAACUUGUACCGUUUCUCAAAAUCUUGUCAAGGAAAUCCAGCCGAUUAUGAGGAAUGGAAGUGUGCUCAGUAUGAGAAAGGACUAAGGAGAGAUAUCUUUAAUUACGUGUAUCCACAAAAACUAACAAAUUUUACUACGUUGGUUAAGAAGUGCCAGCUCGCAGAGGAUUGCUCCAUGAAGUGGGCGCUGCUACAGGAAGGCUUUGGUGAGACUGCUCCAAAGGAGCCGCACAGGGCUGGACUGGGAAUGUGCUUUCGAUGUGGAGCACUGGGACAAAUGUCUAGGGAUUGUCCACGUGGGAGAGCCACACAUGCGGGUUGGUGA